AUGGUCCUGACUUUGUUCUUUUGUUUUCUGUCUUUUCAAUUGCAAUUACCUUUUGCGCUCCCCGCAGGAAACGUUUCUCUCAAAUGCAUGCAGGACACUGACGAAUUCCUUUCCGACUUGAAUUCGGUGGAGCCCAAAGAAUACGCUCUGAGAAUGUAUGACUCGGUGGGGAAGCUUGGGAGCAAUAUUCUUAACGGAAACGUGGACAGGCUGGGAUCGUACAGCGAGUGCCUCUCCGCCCGGGCUCCCUCGGGACGCUUCCAAGGACAGUACUGCAAGUUUCAGGUCCUGCAGGAUGGAGCUGCAUACAGCGUGGGAGUGUGUGUCCCUGAUUCUUGCACCGAAGAGGACGUGACCGUGAUGUCUCGGUUGGAUAUUUUCAGAUUCAGAAAUACUUCGUUUUUGGCCCCUUCUCUCUCUCUCUUUGCAAUCAAUUCUUCCUCCUCAUCUGGCACGGGCGCGGCUAGAUGUGCUACUGGAACGUUCCCCCUCGACACCUUUGUGGCCGUGUGUCUCUGCCUCACCUCGCUGGGCCUCCUCCUUCCCCUGGCUGGGACUGUCUAUGUGGCGGCCAGGGGGCGGGGGCCCGACUACAGGGAGUCACCCUCACAUCGGGCACGACCGGCCACCGACGGGAGCCUGCCUCUGAGAGAGACACCGAGGAGUGACCCAGGAAACAGAGCGGGUGGCCUGGCCCACCUCUCACUCUCAGGAACCCCGAGCAGAGGACAAAGAUUUUUAGGAGCCACGGAGCACGCUCUGAAAUGCUUUUCGUGGCAGAAGAACGUGCCGGCCAUCUGGACCACAGAGACGCCGGGGGGCGUGUGCUCUGCGCUGAAUGGCAUCCGGGCUCUGAGCCUCCUCUGGAUCAUAUCCGGGCACACCAGUCAGAUGACUGCCUGGCUGUCUUUGGAUAAUGUGCUUGAGUGGAAAAGCAAAGUGCUUAAAAACCCACUGUACCUUUAUUCUCGGAGUGGCCCGUUCUAUCUUGGGGUUGACACGUUCUUCCUGAUCAGUGGUUGGCUAAGCGCAAGGUCAUUUCUAAGGAUGCAUCAGAAUUCGGACAAAGGAACAACCCUUAAUGUCAUCCUCAGAUACUUCCUCAGCCGCCUUACAAGGUUGCAGCCCCUUCACAUGUAUUCGGUGUGCUUGCUGGCUGGAUUGUUCUCUCUUGUUCCCUGGGGACCCGUCUGGGAAGUGCCCAAGUUCCACGUGGAUAACUGCCGGCGAGCGUGGUGGACGAAUCUGCUGUUGCUAAAUAAUUUCCUGUGGGUCCAAAACGCGUGUAAUGGCUGGACGUGGUACCUGGCCAACGAUUUUCAGUGCCAUCUCAUCACGCCCGCGAUCGUCCUCAUCCACAGAAAAAGUAAACAUGUCCUUGUCCUCCUCGGGGCCAUGCUGUUCUUGGCAUCUUUCACUGCCACAGCUCUGCUCACCCUGGCUUACUCCCUUCCGGUCGCAGCUCCGUCAGAAGCAAGUGAAAACGUGACUGUGUUGUACUUCUCCGAGUACUACACGAAGCCCUACUGCAGAUUCGGACCAUUCCUCGUGGGGCUCUUUCUAAGCAUUUUCAUGCACCAAAACCACCAGGCAAACAUUCUUAAAACCAAGACGCAGGCCCUGCUGGGGUGGACUUGCUCCCUGGCCACCCUGUUCGCAGUGGUCGCUCUGGCGUAUGCAGUGGAUGACACUUCUGUCACCUCUUCACCUGCCGUUGCUCUGUACCAGGCCCUCCACCGGACCCUGUGGGCGGCAGCCGUGGGCUGGGUCCUGUUGGCUUGUCAGGAAGGCUAUGGAGGGCUGGUGAACAGGCUCCUCUCCUGCCACAUCUGGGCUUUCCUGGCCAGCAUCAGUUACGCUUGCUACCUGGUUCAUCCGAUCCUCAUCAUGCUCUACAACGGCCUUCAAGAAACGCUCAUUCACUACAGCGACACCAACAUGUUCUACCUUUUCUCUGGACACUGUUUGCUGACCUUCAUCACUGGGCUGGCCCUGACACUGUUCAUUGAGAAACCAUGUCAGGAGCUGAAGCGGUACCUGUUGGGACCAGUGCCUGCUGGGCCAUGAACAUUCUGG